AUUGUCUUUGCCUCUGCGAGCCUUGCUUCGAACCCACUUGAUCGCGGCCUCACCUCACUCGCAGAGCUCAGUUAGCUUGCGGUUCUUGGCACUCACACUUCCCCCAUAUAUACCCACCAGGCGACCAUCGAUCGGGAGGACGCAACCGUCGAUCGCCGUUACUACUAUGCAACCAUCGAUGUUGCCUAGCUUAGCUUGAUCGUCCAAGUAGCUACAAGGCCGGCCAGCUGCUGCGGCAGACGAAUCAAUGGGACAUCCGUCCUCCGGCGGCAUGGGGCAGCCCAAGCUCCGCAAGGGGCUGUGGUCGCCCGUGGAAGACGAGAAGCUCUACAACCACAUCAUCCGGCACGGCGUCGGCUGCUGGAGCUCCGUCCCCAGGCUAGCCGGGCUGCACCGCUGCGGCAAGAGCUGUCGCCUCCGGUGGCUCAACUACCUCCGCCCCGACCUCAGGCGCGGCAGCUUCUCGCAGCAGGAGGAGGACCACAUCGUCGCGCUCCACCAGAUCCUCGGCAACAGGUGGUCGCAGAUCGCGUCGCGCCUGCCGGGCCGGACGGACAACGAGAUCAAGAACUUCUGGAACAGCUGCAUCAAGAAGAAGCUCCGGCAGCAGGGCAUCGACCCGGCCACGCAGAAGCCCAUGGGUGCCAUGGCCACCGCGGCAUUGCCGGACGUCGAAAUGGAAGACCGUAAGGCCCUUUCCACGGUGGUCGACGGCGGCCUCGCUCAGAAGCAGCAGCUGGUGUUUGACCCGUUCCCGGUGUGCGCCGACUACGGCGGCGGCUUCGCCGAGGACCUCAGCGCGGCGAACGCUGCGGCAUUCUACGGGCAGUUCGGCGGCGGCAAGGAGGGCGCGGACGACGACGCCGGGUUCGGCACCGGCGACUACAGCUGUGUCCUGGGCGUGUCAGAGAACCUGGGCUACGGGGAGAGCUCGAGCAACAGCAGCAACUGGAACUACGGCGGCGAGGUUGGAAACGUGCUCGACGGCGAGGUGCUGGACUGGGCAAAGGCGGAGAUGGAGCGGCAACACGACCAACUGCUGGAGCACAAGUUUUCGCUGCCCUGCCCAGAACAGAGCCUGCUCGCAAAUUUCGAAUUCAAUUUGGAACAAUACUUCUGAUUUUUUUGUUUCUUUCUCCCUCCAUUUUUAAGAGAUAAGUGUCACAUCAUAAAUUCGCAAGUUAGUAGGCAAAUUACUUUGCUUCAUCUAGCAGGCCGAACAGUUUACAAGACGGACACAACAUACAAACUUUCACGUGAUUGUAUUUUAUUAGCAACAAUUACACAUAUGUACAUA